AUGACUCUGACUCAUAUUAGUAGAAAUGAAAUUCCAGAUGUUCGCUUAUCAAAAAUCAAUUAUGAAAGAUAUAAAUCAAAAUUUCCAGGUUCUUUAAAGCAAGGUGUCACCUUUUCUAAUCAAUCGAAGAUUCAUGGUCAACUUAGAAACAUUAGAGAACAAGAAUCAAAAAGGAUCAUUGAUAAUGUAUCAGAAAUUACUAUCGAUGUUGAUAAUGAUUCAUUAACUGAAACCUCAGAUUCUGUCUCAGAAACUUACACGUCUGAUGGUCUGGAUUGUUGUGAAUUAAUUGAUUGUUCAUCGUCAGACAAUGAACGAUUAAUCACUAACAAAAUUGCCAAAGUUCAAACAGCACCAAUAAAUAAUAGUGGUUUACAACCCGUGACAAACAACACUACCAUUAGUAACUUAAUCGAAACAAUUAAUGCCGAGAUUUUCAAAAAAUAUAACCUUUGGAAAAAUGUGAAAUUUUUUGAAACCGAAAAUAAUGCAUUAAAAGUAGAAAACUAUGUGCUAAAAUCCGAAUUAAGUACUUUGAAAACACAAUACAUUGAUUUGGAAAAGGAAAUUACCAAUUUAAAAGAAAAGAACGCCACUUCUAAUGAAAGAAAAACAUUCCUUGAAUUACAAGGAACCGAAUUAAAAAAUACAAUUAAAACCCUCGAAGACACGAUCAAAAGCUUUGAAGCUACUAUUAAAGACCUCGGAAAUAAUGAACUAAAUCUUAAAGCGCAACACAAAGAACUUUUAAGAGAAUUAACUUUGUUAAAAAACAAAAACGAAGAAGCUGAAAAUAGAAAAGAACAAUUAGAAAAUCAAAUCAGCAAGAUAAUUGAAGAUCGCGAUCA